AUGGCGAGCCCUGGACGAUCUUGGCGAGGCAGACGAGGCCAAUAUCGAGGUGGACUACCUAGACGGGGACCACCUCGCGGACCACCGCCGCGAGACCGAGAAAUGCCAGCACCCCCAGAUGAUUUAGAUAGUCGUGAAUUAGAGGCUGAAGGAAAGAAGAUUGUAAUUGAAGUAAAAUCUAAUGAACAAGGAAGAUUUUUUAAGAUUAUUGAGCGUCAGUCUCAAGGACCAGGUCGUGGUCGUGUUAUUUUUUCUGUGGAGACUGGUCAAACUUUCCGACCCAUACUUGAUUCAUUGGUAGCUGAACAUGAAAGAUUAGGUCCAAGUGAUGAAAAUGCUUCCUCUGAGCGACUGAAAACUGAAAAUUUUUCUCAAGGUCGUCGCCGCUUUUAUGUUGAUCUCCGUCAGAACCCUCGUGGUCGGUUCCUUAAGCUGACCCAGCUUACACCUGGUGGUAGGACCUUUGUAGCCAUCCCUGGAGAUGGCCUGUUGAAGUUCCAGGAAAUGUUUUGUCAGCUACUGGAUGAGUUUGGAUCUUCAGAUUACAGUCCUCCAGGUUCUCCUCAAGAGCAGUUACCUUCUUCCAGAGAAGUUCGUGCUGGAAGCAAGAGUUUCUUCUUUGAUGUGGAACGUAACGAUCGUGGAGUAUAUGUCCGUCUGACAGAGGUACUUCGUAAUUAUGGUCGUCGUACUCACAUCAAUGUUCCACAUUCCUGUUGGUCCAGAAUGUCUGAAGUCUUCUCCCAACUCAACCAAGAAAUACCCUACGAUGCUGGCAGUGCUAGUGGGAGUGGCUCCGAAGACAAUUAA